AUGGCACGUGGACUCCUGAUGUUGGCCUUGGCCGUCGCGGUCGUCGCGGUGCUCAACGUGCUCCAGACCGCCUUCGUGGGCUCCUCCCCAUCCCGCAAGAUCAGCUCCCGUGACCAGUCGAAGGUGUGCCGUUUUCCGGGCGACAAGCGGCUGAAGGACCGCUGGACCUCCGUGGGGAAGACGGGGAAGUUGACCGAUGCCAUGCGGCUGGUGGCCGCGGCCAAGGUCCGUGCAGCCCAGGCAGGGGUGGAGAAGGCACGGCCCUUCAGCGAUGAGCUGCUCUCGAUGAUCAAGGGUUUGGUGAAGAAGUUGAAGGGCAGUGGCUUGGAGGCGGACUUGCCCAUGCUCCGCGUGCCCGACAAGGUGAAUAACGUUGGAAUCCUGGUGAUCACCGCCCAGCGUGGCUUGUGCGGUGCCUACAACGCCUUUGUCAUGAAGAAGCUCAAGGCUCGUGUGGGCGACUUGAACGAGCAGGGCAUCGUGCCGAAGCUCUUCAUCGUGGGAAAGAAGGGUGUCAGUGGCUUGAGGACUCGACUGAACGUCGAGAAGUUCAACUACACCGAGGAGUUCUGGCCCAUGCCCGACACCAUCACGGCCAAAGAGUCCACAGCCAUCGCCGAGACCAUUGAGAACUACUUCUUGGCUGGUGAGGUGGACAAGAUUGAGAUCUGCUACUCACGCUUCAUCAACUUGAUCUCCAAUGAGCCUGCGAUCCGCACCUUGUUGCCCCUGUCGGCCACCGGAAUGGAAGAUCCGGAGGAUGAGACCUUCAAGCUGACCACGGAGGAUGGAAAGCUGAAGGUGGAGAAGGAAAAGGUGAAGGCAGCCAAGGCCAAGGAGAUUGAAGCAGAUGUGAUUUUUGAUCAGCCACCACAGAUUCUCUUGAAUUCCAUGCUGCCGCUCUACCUGAAUUCUCAGCUCUUGUCCUUGCUCUAUGAUGCCCAGGCCUCCGAACUCUCCAGCCGCAUGAACGCCAUGAAGACGGCCACCGACAACGCCAAGGAGAUUCAGAAGAAGCUCUUGUUGGCUUACAACAAGAAGCGUCAGGCCGCCAUCACCGCCGAGAUCUGCGAGAUCUCCUCCGCGGCCAACGCCAUCGCGGCCUCGGACGCGAAGGGCGAAGCCGGGCCGAGCCUGGGCGUCAUGGACAACGAGGAGAGCGUGGCCGAGGACUUUGCCAAGGAGUUGGCCGGCGGCGAUGUGCCUGAGAUGCCGGUCUCCUAUGACCAAGAGUUGCGGCGCGGGCGGGUCUUGUUGCGGAGCACCUUCGAAGGGGAGGUGCUUCCCUGGUUCGACCGGUGGAUGGAAGAGCUGGCAGAAUCCGCACAGCAGGAGCCUGCGCGCGAGGAUGAGUGCAACAGCCUGGCCUGUCGCCUGCACGCGCACCAGGUUCUGGUGCUCCGGAACGUCCCCACCAGCGAUUUCGACUCAGAGCGCAUCAAGCGAUUCUUGUCCUCCUUGACCUACCUGUCCUCGCAUCACACCUUCAACCAGGAGCGUUUGGAGGUGCCCGAGACCGAGCUCUUCGAGGCUUUGCAUCUGCACCGGCGCUUCAUGGUGCGGUGGCUCGUGGAGCAACGGCGGGUGAACGCCUUGCAGGGCUUCAAUUCGGUGUUGCGCUCAUGUCACCAUCAGCUCUCAGCUUUGGGUGACACUAGCGCCGACACCUCGAGCUUCGAAUGGGUCUGCGUGGGCGACGCCUCCGAGUACGAGGGCCGCUUCGGGGUGCUCUCCGAGGCGGCGCCCGACAAGGAGGCCCAAGGGGAGGCGAAGGAGAAGGAAGAGGCGUCGAAGCCCGGCAUCAAGACGGUGAACGCCUCGGACGCCUUUUGGAUCGAGCUGAACGUGCAACUCCUCCAGGUCACGGUGCGAGGCCGUACCUUGGUGCCCUUGGAGGAUUACAUCUGGAAUGAUGAGGACUUCAAGCACGUCUUUGUCUCGGAGUUGGGUGAGAAAGGUGCCAUGCAGAAGACCACGGUGCAAUGCUCCGCGCUGCUGACCUCCUCCAAUGCCACCGUGCGAGAACUGCUGAGUAUUCCGUUCCGAGCCACCUACUGGUCCUCGAAGCCUGCGAAUUUCUUGCCUUUCCUGGAUGAGUGGGAGUCUUGUGCAAAGCUCGACCGGUUGUACGACGUGGAGGACUUGGAAGAGGACGAGUUCUGGAUCGCUGAGCUCUUUGAACCGGUGAGGAGGCAAUUCUUCAUCCCGCCGCCACCGCGAAGGCCACCCUUGUGGUUCAUGAAGGAUGAACCCAUCCCGGGGGACACCACGGUGGUGCAGCUGAUGGGGGUUCAUCAGGAGGCCAAGGCACGUAUCUGGAAGGAGGUGCAUCUCUUCAAAGAGCGCCGCAUGAUCCACAUCUAUGCAUUGAGGGCCUAUGGCCACCAACUGUACCGACAGUUGGAAUAUAGCAGCAACGCCCGGCUCUGCAUGCGAGAACUCCAGCCAUCUCUGGAUGACCGUGAGCGGCCAUGGGAAUUGUGGGCUCGCUACGAGGCGGGAGGCUCCAGCUGCGACUUGCCGGGGCACGAGAACAGCACGACCAUCUCCCGCACCUCCGUCAAGGGCAUGUUGGGCUUCGGCACAGAGGUGGAUGGUCAGAGCGAUCCGAUGGACGACCCCGAGGAGUGGGACGACAACGAUAUGGGUGCCGAGCGGAACACGGGUGGUACGGCCAAAGACGACGAAGAGGACUUGGACGAGGAUGGGAUCCAACGUCGACGGAAGCCUUUGCGCGGCAGCUCUGCGGAGAUACAGCAGGUCUUCUGCCGGAACGGGCACGAGUUGCAACCUGAGAAGAAGAAGUCCAACCGAUGCAACUUGUGCGGCUGCAGCGGCACCGCCUUCCGGUGUCGAGACUGCGACUAUGAUUUGUGCGAGCCGUGCCAGAAGAACAUGGCCCGCAGGGUGAUGGUGAAGAUCCUUGGAAAAGAAUGGGUGGAAUCUGGUGUGGACGGACGGGAUCGCUCGAAAGCGAGCCAAACUGGCCAAUUCAAGUUCCAGGAAGGAGAUCGGAUCCUCAUCAAGGGCGGCGGCUACAAUCGCAAGGACGGUGUUGACUGGCGCUUCUGUGGCUCGGCGCAAAAAGGCUUCUACUCGGGCAACGAUUGCAUCUUCUCCUUUGCGCCCUGCACCCAGCGGAAGUGCAUCCUCCGGAACUCCCUCAUUGAUGGCAGCAAGGGUUCUGAGAUCCGCACCGGUGGGUGCCCCUUGGGCACGGAGGCCGACAGCUUCUCGGUGGCCUUCGAGAAGAGCGACGAGGGCUUCGAGCUGCGGAUCAACGGCGAACGCCAGGUGGAUUUCGACUUCCCGGACCGCUCAGCGGAAGCGGUGGAUGCCAUCGGCUUCGACUGCCGCGCGGGCGCCAUCAAGGAGAUGGAGAUGUUCCACGACCGUAUGCUCACAGAGAAGAGCCCCUUCGAGAGGAUGAUGGAGGUGGGCGAGCAGUACCUCCCGCGCCGGGUCUUGUGGGGCCUGCUGCCUGAGGCCUUGUUGGAGGACUACAACUUCUACCAGGAGAAUGCUCCACCGCACCGCUUGAUCCGUGGCUAUCCCGCCAAGGGUCGUUGGCCCAAUGAGAACGAGGAGGAGGACUUGUUGGAGGCGGACUCCAGCAACAAGAAGGUGGAUCAUAUUCUGAUCGUCAAGCUGGUGCGCAUCAAGAAGGUCCUCUGCACCGGCUUGCGUGGCUGGGGCGCCGUGGUGAUCAAGCGCUUCCGCGACAACAUGGGACGUCCGGACCUGUACUUGUUGGAUCUGCUUCACACGAAGGCUGGAACUCCCCUGCACCAGCUGGCCGAUGCCUUGGCACGUGCGGAGAACUUGUCCUUCAUCCUGGCCUGGACGGCCAUGAACCCCUGGGAGGUGGGCGACGGCUUUCUGCGGGUGGAGCGCGUGGAGAUGCCACGGCUCCAGCUCACCUGGGACGUGCGACGCGGGCCGAAGGGCGAGCAGCGGCUGUAUUCCGUGGAUCAUUCGCAGCUCUUUUUGCCCACCCAGCCACCUUUUGGAGCCCGGGCGCAAGCAAUGCAGCUGCUGCAGGCGAUGCCGCAUGCGCUGUUGCUCCAGAGCGAAGACGAGGAGUUAUUCACCUGCGUGCCCAACGUUUGUCCGCACCGCACCCACAUCUUCUCGAAUCCAUUCAGUACAGAGCUGGUGCUGGAGCGAGGGCAUUACGUGUGGAGCGCGGGCGCCACGAAGCACUUCCUGUAUCCCGUGCACGUGUCUGCGUCGUUCUUGCAGCCUCCGACCACGGGAUCAGCGCUCUACCUGAUGCUGCUCUUCUUCUUGCAUCGCGAUUAUCACCUCGUCUCCCAGCUCAUCAACUCCGUGGCCACCGAUUCGCCCUACACCAGCGAAGACAAGGUCUGCUUCGAGCAUUUUGCCACCAUCGACGACAGUCAUCCCAAUGCCACCGCCCUGCGCUGCAAGCUGGCACUGGCGGUCCAGCACUCUCGCAUGCCGUUGCCAUGGCAUUUGUAUUCGCAAGGUGCCGAGCAUGUGCGUGGUGUCAUCCACGUGACCGGCGAGUGCCGUUUGAGCUUCGAGGAGGAGAUGCAGGUCCUGACCAUGUGCCGCCACUACCGGGAGAAGUUGCUUCUGGUGACCCGUGAGGUGGAUGCCUUGCGCCGCGAUCAGGGGCAGAUGCUGAAGAAGUUCAAGAACAUGCUGGAGGACUCCUCGGCCAUGUUGACGGCCUCUGGGGAACAUGCCAAAUCCUUGAAGAAGUGGAAGGACCGCAUCGUCCGGCGGCUGCGAGCGGAACGCUUGGGCACUGGUGAGACAGCUUGGGAGCCUGGUGCACUGGGAAUGAAGCUUUGGGUUUCCUUUCGGAGCGUCGGCACCGCGCGUGGCUCGACCGAGGAGUUGGUGGCCAUGAUUCUGGCUGCCCUAAGGGGUGAGCGCUUGAACCCACAGGAUGUCUUGAUGCUCCAGAAUCGUGAGAAGUACAUGGAAGCGGUGGAGGACGGACCGCAUCGAUCAGAUCGGAGACGGUUAGCCCAGUGGCUCGCCCAGUGGCUGGAGGAGCGUCGUAGCACCGUGGUACUGGAACUCAUGGUGACUCCUCGAGCCUCCCGCUGGAUGCAGCACACGGACGGGGGGCCGUUGCCGCCGCUUCAACGCGCCGGCACCGUGGGUGAGGACAUCAACGCUUUGCUGUCCUCGCCCUUCGACUUGAUGCAACGGAUCUUGGGAUCGGUCUCUGAGACGCUCGGCCGCGAACAGAGAGAUUCGGUCUACGACACAGGUCCAGAGGCGAAAGCGCUGCGGAGCGCUGGUCCUCGCCUGUCCUGGGGUGGUGGUGAGAUGUGGUCCUUCACCAGUGAUGGCGCGGUGUCACUCUUCAUCAAGCUUUACUCCCUCUUCACUCAGUCCUUGGGCGUGAAGCUGCCGCGUGCCGUGAAUCCGGUGCACCAGCACACCUUUGCCACGCUCUCCUUGGCUUUGGCCCGUGGAGGGCGGAAUCAUGGGAUGCUCCAGUCCUUGUCCGGGACACCUGAAGACCGGGUUUGCCAGUGCUUACCCCGCCUGGACCGACCACGGCGGGUGGUCUUCGUGCGACAGUGGAAGGCGAAGCUCAUCGCAGUGCACAGGAAAUUGAUGGCGCUGGCACAGCAGCCGGAGCUACAGUUGGCCAUCGAGGGCGAGGUGGAAGAAGCGCACGGCGUGCGCCCCGACGAGGAGGACGAUCUCUGCCGUUGGUCUGAGGUGCCGGUGCUCCAGUCCAUUGGAGACGAACAUGGCGGCUUAUGUCCUCACCUGGUCUUUGCACCCAGCCUGGGCCAGUCAGAGGACGGCGAGGAGAUCCGCCGCGCCGAGUUUCCCCUGGGGCCGCCCUUCUUCGAGACGCCCGAGCACAAGGACCUUCAAUGUGGCGAGCGGGUGCUCAUGGCCUUGCAAGGUGCUGGUGGAGCCUCCACCGGAACCAAGAGCAGCGGCUGGGGAUGGGGUGGCAGUGCUGCCCUCAAGGCCAUCUCCCACGACGAGCCGCUGCGCACCAGCGAUCAGGACUUACAAGCUUUGGCGAAGCAACCGAUGCAAGCGGUUCUGGACUUGGGCCACAUCGUUCGGGAGGUGCCGGCCAACCUGCCCACAGGCAAGCUGCCCUUCGACAUUUCCGCCCACCCGGCGGUGCGCCACACGGUGGCCAGGCGCUUGCUGGACCGAAUGGAAAAGGAGAUGAUCCGCUUCGCCGAGAUGCAAAAGGCGACGCCGGCACCGCGUGUGAAGCAGCUCUCAGAAGUCGAGCUCAGCAAGCUGAGUGCUGGCAGCCAGGCGGCCGCCAAGGCAGCCGAGGAGGCGCUCAGCGAGAUCAUCAAGUGCAUCGCCGAGAUGAAGGCGGCCGAUGCGCAGUUCGUGGACUCGGCCUUCAAGGAGGUCUUGAAGCGCGGCAACGCCAUCGAUCUGUCCGAGGAGAACAUUGGCAAAGCCACCAAUGGUGGCGCCCGCGCCGCACAUGACGCCAGCUUAUCCCGCCUGAAGCACUGGCUCUUGCGGGUCUCAGGCCACGAGUCGGAAGCCUGGCUGCAGCGCGCCUGUCGAUCCUUGCUCUCCUCCUCAGCCUUGGAGGAUUGGCAGCGCAUCAACCCCUUCCUCUCCGAGAGCGAGGUGCGGGACAUUCUACAGCUCACAAGCCAUGCGAUGCUCCGUGCCGUGCGGGUGGUGCUGGCCAAUGGAUCGCUGGCAGAAGCGAGGGACUUGCAGAAAAUGCUCCUGAAGGCCAUCCGGGUGGUCCACGAGGAAGGACAACUGUCCAACGAUCUCCUCGUGGGUUUGGCCGAGAAGGGCGAGGUCCUGGCCCGGCGCCUCGACGCCAAGCGGCACUACGUGGAAAGCAACCUGGCUUAUGAUCCUCAUUUCUUAGUCUUCGAGUUCUCCGACAACAAGAUGCUGCACGAGCGGCAGGUGGCCAUCAUCUCUGACUUCCAAAAGACAGUGGAAGGAGGUGAAAGCGGAGUGAAGCAGAUGAUCAUGGGAGCAGGAAAGACCACCGUCGUGAGCCCCUUGCUCUCCAUGCUGUUGGCGGAUGGAAAGCGCCUGGUGAGUUUGGUGGUGCCUUCGGCACUUCUGGAAUUUUGCCGUGGUGUGCUGAUGGCCGUCUUCUCGUCCAUCAUCCAGAAGCGCAUUUGCCUCUUCCACUGCGACCGCUCGGAAGAUGUGGACAUCGCCAUCUGCGACCGCAUCGAGUCGGUCCGAAACGAAGGCCACGUGCUGUUGACGAAGCCCACCGACGUGAAGAGCUUGAUCUUGCGCUUCGUGGAGAACCUGGACAUCUGCAACGACCGCCGGUCCAAGCGCAACACCGCGGCCUUGCAGAAGGAGACGACGGAACUGGGUCGUGUGCUGGAGAUCUUCUCGAAGGGUGUCUGCAUGAUCGAUGAGGUGGACCUGGUGCUUCACCCCUUGAGGAGCGAAUUGAACUUCCCCAUCGGCCCGAAGAAUCUCAUCGACUUUGCACCACACCGCUGGCAGAUUCCGCUGCACCUCUUGGAAGGCAUCUUCAUCAGCGAGUUGCAGUCCGGGAAGACCGGCGAGCUGACGCCGCCCGAACGCUUCGCCGACAGCGCCCUCGCCAAGGACAUCUUGAAGAAGAUCGCCAAGACCAUCUCUGAUGGCACCCGAGAGUUGAAGAUGCAACGGUCCCCCCACUUGGUGCUGCUGAACCUGGAGUUCUACGACGAGAGGUUGAAGGAUGUCAUGGUCUCCUGGAUGACUUUGUGGUUGGCCUCUGAGCACGUGGGCCGCUCCUUUGCUCACGAGCGUGAGGGCAUCAUCGAUGGAGGGCUCAGCGAUGCGGAGGUGCGCGAGUACAUCACCAAGGUGGCGGCGCCGGACUCGCCGCUGGCCAAGCGGGUGGCGAUGCUGCCCAAGCGUGACAUCCAAAUGUUGAACCUGUCCGCCGAUUGGCUCUCCAUCUUUUUACCCCAUGUGCUCCAAAAGAUCAAUCGCGUGACCUACGGAGUCAUGACCGACGUGCAGGUGGAGCAGGCGCUGAUUCGCCAGCCGGGCAUGCCCAUGACCCGUGCGAAGCUGUCGAUCCCCUUCAUCGGCAAGGACGUGCCGUCGCCGUCCUCGGAGUUCGCGCACCCCGAUAUCACCAUCGGCCUCACGUUGCUCAGCUUGCGCUACGAGGGUCUGCGCAUGUCCGACUACGAGGCGGUGCUCGACCUCUUGGUGGCCAACUUGGAGUCCGAGCCUGGCGUGGCGGCCGAGCGGCCCACGGCCAUGCUCUUCAAGCGCUGGGUGGAAGGCAGUGGCGGCGUUCUGGCCACGCGACGACAAGAGCUGCAGGACCUGUCGCCCGAGGAGCUGGCGGCCGCCCGCGCGGCCGAGGUCCGCGAGAAGAAGGUGAGGAUCUUGCCGCUGCACAUGUUGGAGCGCAGCAAUCGUCGUCAGAUGAACGAACUCUUUAAACUCUUGAGGAAGAAUGGCCAGGUGGUCGCCUGGUACCUGGAGUCCAUCAUCUUCCCGGAACACUUGCGCUUCCAAGAGGCCGUUCAUCUGGCCGUGUGACCAGGUCGUGUUGUUCCUGGCUUUUUUUCUGCCGACUUGGAUCUGAGUGUUUGGAGGAUAUGAUUGGAUUUGAGUAGCAAAAUAUCUAGGUGCACUGAGUGCUCGAAAGAAUAUCGUCUUCGAUGUUCGAAAGGGUUGGAGGUUGGAGCCUCAAGUAGGGGGAAGAAUCGCGGUUGACAGUAGGGUAUGCCACCGUCGGUACGAGAGCUUCGUUCAAAGAGUCCAGCUACUCAUUUGCUUCUCGUCGGUGACCAGAAAUAGAAGAAUCCAGUCUUUCUCGACACAGCCUGGGGGAUGUUAUUGAGAGACCCCACCAGCCCAUUGGGUUUGGUUCUCAAAUGUUCUUCUUCUUCAGGGUGAGUUAGAAAUGUUGACUGGGUGACGCGGUAGAUAUUCACUUCUGAAGGCCAGUGGACAGCGAUCACUCUUCGUUGCUCCUCUUUUGGGGAUGAUACACAAAAAUGACUACCCGGCAAGACAAGUACAUUCGGCCAAAUAUGGUCAGGUUUUUUUCUUUGUUUUUUUUUGAAACAGUUUGGAUUUCACACAGGUUCUCGUUGCCAUCGCACGUUCAAUAUUAUGUCAUGUAUGUAUAAAACGGUCAUCGAUACUUUUCUUUGGUCAUGAGUCAUAUGUGUCUUUUCUUCCCCCAAGACAA